CAAGAUGGUCGAGGAAGGUGCUUUUCUCCUCUGACUUGAAAUCAGCCAACCCUCCCGUUCCCCCGUCCUCGUCCAGGCCGGUAAACGCCGCUGUAACGCCGUGUGUUCAGUAGUUCCCCCUGGGCUGGAGCGCCGGCGGCGGGAGCGAGCAGCGCCGCGGAGAGAGAGCAGCUGUCACGGAGGAUUCUGCAGCGUCACUGUCAGGACCAACACAGAGGACAGUCCUCCAGGCCUGCGGACGGGAAUCUGAAUCCAGCCGAAUGAACAAAGUGACUGCAAAGAAACUCAUUGAGCGCUACUUCCAGCAGUUAACUGAGGGGUGUGGAAACAGCAACUGCACAAAUGAGGUUUGUGCAUCGUGUCAGGAUUUUCAACCCCUGGAUAGCAAUUCAGCCGCCGCCAAAGCCCUUGAGCUUUUUAAAGUUAAUGCCAAACUCUGUGACUAUUACCCGUCCAUCAAGUCGAGCACAGACAGGAACAGUCAGAUGGGCAAAAAGAUGAGCGCUGAAGAUUUUUCAGAUGUUCACUACCUCACAGAGCACACUGUGUGUCAGAUCGUGAGUGUCUGCGAGGAUCAAGGGGAUUAUUCUCCCCUGGUCCGUGUCAUUGGCAGGAUUUUCUCCAACGCAGAUGCCCUCAUGAAGAGCUUCAGGAAGGAUGAAGAAGGUGCUGGGAAAAACCUUGAUUCUCCGAAGCCUUCAGACGAGAAACAGAGCGAGCAAGUCCCAGAAAAGGAUGGCACCUCCUCUCGGGCUGCCGCGUCUUUGCCAGAAGAUCCCCUGAACGAGAUGCUCGACUCCUGCGAGGUCACGGUAGACCUCGGCGCCGUUCAGAGAAUCUACCGGACGCUUCUGUCCAUCGAGCAGGUGGAGGCAGCUCUGGUGAACGCGCUCAUUUACCUCACUCCCAACGUGGAACUUGACCUGGAGUAUCUGGAUGUGUACGAAAGCAACCCAGAUUACCUUAACAUCUUCAUCAUAGUCAUGGAGAACACGAACCUUCACAGCCCAGAGUACCUCGAGGUGGCGCUGCCGCAGUUCUGCAAGGCCAUGAGCAAGCUGCCGGUGGCCGCGCUGGCCCGGCUGUCAAAGCUCUGGUCCAGGUGUGGGCUCCCACACAUCCGCCGCGUGAUGGAGACCUUUCAGCAGCUCAUUACUUUCACGGUCGUCAGCAAUGAAUACGACGGGGAGAAUCUGGUAAACGAUGACGAAACUGUGGUUGCUGCCACCCUGUGCUUGAAGGUGGUGUUUUACGCGAGCAUCCUGGGAGGAGCUGUGGAUGUCGAACACAACGAGGAGGACGAGGACGACUCCGACUCAGACGACCUGACGCUGCACGAGCUGUUGGGCGAGGAGCGGCUCUAUAAGAAGGGCCCGCGGGUCGACCCUCUGGGGAAAGAGCUGGGUGUCCGCUCCAUAGACAGCGUGAAGCCCCUCAUCCCCUUCGAGGAUUUCAUCAACGAUUCACUGAACGAUGUGAUUGAAAUGGACAAAGAUUUCACCUUCUUCAAGGUCAACGCCGAAACCAAGUUUUCCUAUCAAAGCUGUCCCUUCAUCCUGAGCGUCAUCACCAAGAACCAGGGCCUGUACUACGACAACCGGAUCAGGAUGUACAGCGAGCGACGCCUCACGGCGCUGUACAGCAUGGUCCAAGGUCAGCAGCCCAGCCCCUAUCUCAAGAUCAAAGUCCGCAGAGAACACAUCAUCGAUGACGCCCUCGUCAGAUUGGAAAUGAUCUCCAUGGAGAACCCCUCCGACCUGAAGAAGCAGCUGUACGUCGAGUUUGAGGGGGAGCAAGGCGUAGAUGAGGGAGGCGUCUCAAAGGAGUUCUUUCAGCUGGUUUUGGAGGAAAUCUUCAACCCAGACAUCGGAAUGUUCACCUACGACGACGACACCAAACUGUUCUGGUUUAAUUCAUCCUCGCUGGAGAAUGAAGCGCAGUACACGCUUAUCGGGAUCGUCCUGGGACUCGCCAUUUACAACAACUGCAUCCUGGACGUCCAUUACCCCAUGGUUGUCUACCGGAAGCUCUUGGGAAAGAAAGGGACCUACUUGGACCUGUCGGACUCGCACCCAGUUCUGUAUCAGAGUUUGAAGGAACUGCUUGAGUAUACUGGAGAUGUGCAGGAGGACAUGUCGCUCACCUUCCAGAUAUCACACAUGGACCUGUUUGGAAACCCCAUGUUGCACGACCUGAAGGAGCAGGGAGAGCAGAUCCCCAUUACCAAGGAGAAUAGACAGGAAUUUGUGGAUCUAUAUGUCGACUACAUACUGAACAAAUCAGUGGACAGACAAUUUGGGGCCUUCAAAAAAGGUUUCCUCAUGGUCACCAGUGAGUCCCCGCUGAAGUACUUGUUCCGGCCGGAGGAGGUGGAGCUGCUCAUCUGUGGGAGCAGGAAACUUGACUUUGAAGCGCUCGAAAAAACUACAGAGUAUGAUGGAGGUUACAGCAAAGACAGCCAAAUUAUCAAAGAUUUCUGGGAAACUGUUCACUCCUUUGGAGAGGAGCAGAAACGGCUCUUUCUUCAGUUCACCACCGGCACAGACAGAGCGCCGGUCGGUGGUCUUGGCAAAUUAAAGAUGAUCAUCGCCAAGAACGGCACUGACACAGACAGGCUCCCGACUUCCCACACCUGCUUCAACGCCCUGCUGCUCCCCGAAUACUCCACCAAGGACAAACUGAAAGAGAGGCUCCUCAAAGCCAUCACCAACGCCAAAGGGUUUGGGAUGCUGUAACGGUUCACCAGAGAGUGUUUGCUGUUUUUAUCUGAAGUAAAGGGAAACCAACAAAAGUGUAUUAUCAUGAAAUACGUAGGGAGAUGCCAUUUCACAAAAUAAUGCAAUAAUCUAGUGCCUAACCAAACUGUUGCAGAGUAACUCCACUGGUGGCUUUCCAGCCAAGACCUGAUUUGGGUUGUAACGUUUCAUUUGCAUUAGAUCUCUCGAAGGGUUUAACCCAUUCUUACCUUCAUUUACUUUAUAAAACCAGAGGGUUUUCAGGACACUUAAAGUUGUCCAUUUAAACCUUUUCUUUCUCAGCCUACGAAGAAACAAGAACCCUUUUUAAACUUUAAACUUAAUACUUUUAUUGUAGAUUGCUUAUUUGCCCUUGUGUUUAUGUUUUUUAUUUUAUUUUAUUCAUGUAUUUUAAAAAUUGACGCAAUGUGUGUGUGUCGGUCCUGGCUCGAAAGGUAAAAGCACACGUAGGUCGCGUCACGUCAUAAUGGUUUAAAACUGUCAUUUAUCCUUUUUGCAUGUUUUGUUUUUCAGCAGACUUUAAUAACACUUGAUUUGUGGAAACUGUGAAACCGCACCCAUACACCACACAUGCAUUACGUUUAUCUCUUCGGUUCGACUCGCAACGUCGCAGCAGUCUUGAGAAUGUAGCCGUGUUCGGUCCUCGCAGGAUACAAUGGUGCUACUUGGCUGCGGUGGUUGCAGGCUGCAGGAUUUUAAGUUGAAGCCUCUGACAAGAUGAUGUCCUGUCUGACUGAAAGCGAACUCAACACUGAGCGUUGAUUUAUUUUACGACUAGAACUUUUGUGCUGUGCCUUUUUGUAUUAGACAUGAAGUUGCUGUUUGUCGUGGUCCCGGGCUGACGUGUUGGUUUCGGUAGCUUGCAGGGUUGGACUGUACUCACUGAAGAAGGAUUCUUCUCUUAGUUUGCUUGCAAAAAUGUACUAAUCACACACUUGUAAGUAAAGUCAACAGGUGUGCAAUGCCUAUACAGUGUAAAAAACAUCAACAACAUAAUGUGAAAUGUUUUAUUUGGCCAAAUAACUCAGGUAUAUAAAGAAUGUGCAGAUAAUGUGAAACCCUCUGUAAAGCCACUAUUAUGCAAGGUUAAUAAAGGUGGGAAAAAGUUUCAA